AUGACCAACUUCGGACCCAUCCAUGUCGUAGAGCCUCGCGCUCCGCACACCCACACUAUCAUUAUCCUUCACGGCCGCGGCAGUACUGGCGAAGAAUUCGCCGAGGAGCUCUUUGAGUCCAAGCUCUCCACCGGUAAGACACUGCAAGAACACCUCGGGUCCUGGCGCUGGGUCUUCCCGUCGUCUGCUGAGCUGUGGAGCACGGUGUUUGAGGAAGACAUGCCGGCGUGCUUUGGGGCGCACUCCCUGACGGACCCCACGGCCAGGCGAGACUUGCAAAAGGCUGGGAUCCGGGACUCGGUGCGCUACCUGACCCGACUGCUUGAGGCAGAGGUUGACAGGCUGGGCGGUGCCUCUGGCAAGGUGGUGCCGGGCGGAAUGAGCCAGGGAGGUGCUAUCGGGCUGUGGUCUUUGCUCUGUGCGGGUGCCGACGGCUCAGCCGGACGUCUGGGGGGAUUUGUUGGGGCGAGCACUUGGCUCCCGUUCGCUGACGAGCUUGAGCGGCACCUUGGCCAGGAGGCUCAGGCGCAGCAAGACACCAUCCGGGCUGACGCCAGAGAGGCUGACUCUGAUGCUUUCGUGGAGGAAAUGGCUGGCGCAACACGGAGGACGCUACAGGAACCGAGUGCUUCCCAGCAUGGCUUGUUGUCAGUUCCAGUGUUCCUAGGCCAUGGAACUGACGAUGUUUAUGUAAAUGUCAGUUUGGGGCGGCGGGCAGCUGUUGUUCUGGGUAAAAUUAGCCUGAACGUUGAAUGGCACGAGUAUUCAGGGGCAGAUCAAGAAGGACACUGGAUAAAGGAACCGGAGGAGCUGGACGAUAUCGUGCGGUUUCUAGAGUCGAUGUCGGCCGCCUAG